AAAUGACAGCCAAUAUGUACUUCUUGUCGAGUAUUUUACUCUUUGUUUUAACAGCGUUUGAAACGUCGGCCAAAAGCGUUAGCAUUUCAAACGUAACCACUUAUCUAAACAGUGAAUUAUCAUUAAAUAAUGGCUUAAAAAUGCCGAUUCUUGGAUUUGGGACGGGAGGAGAUGGUGUGACACCGAGUGUUGUGUAUGAUAUGGUCAUCAAUGCCAUCGACGCGGGCUAUCGACACAUCGAUACGGCCUUUAUAUUUCACAAUGAGAUCGAAGUCGGACGAGCUAUUAAUGACAGGAUUAGACAGGGAAUCAUCAAAAGGGAGGACAUCUUUGUGGUGACGAAGAUAUGGAAUACGUUUCACUCGAGAGCCAGAGCUGCGGAGGCCAUCAGGCAGUCGCUCUCAAACCUAAACCUCGAUUAUAUCGAUCUUUUGCUUAUGAAUUGGCCGAUGGGAUAUAAAGAGGGAACAAUUGAUGAGCCACUGGAUAAAUACAAACUGAUAAUCCCAUCGCCUGUGGACUAUGUGGACACUUGGAAGGAAAUGGAGUUGAGUGUUAGCGAUGGUAUUGUUAAGUCCAUAGGUCUGUCCAAUUUCAAUAGCCAACAAAUCUUGAGAAUCCUCGAUAGUGCCAUAAUUAAGCCCGUGAUUAAUCAGAUUGAAAGUCACCCGCAAUUAUCUCAAGACAAGCUAAUAAACUAUUGUAAGAGUAAAGACAUUCACGUAACCGCUUAUAGCCCGUUAGGUGAGGGCCGACUGUUGGACAGG